AUGCAGUCGGGAAUAUCUGCUUCCCAGGAGCUUGUCUCCCAGUUCAAUACUCUCCUGGCAGAUAAAUCGCAAUUCGGGUUACUCGUAACCAUCACCUCCGAAUCCUUGACGCCCUUAAGAACCCUGUCCCGCACCUCUCCAUCCAGCGACUUUGCCUCCAACCUCACCCAACUUGCCCCUCACAUCAAGCCCGAUGAGGCCCUGUAUAUCCUCCUACGCAGAUAUGACAGCGCUCCGUACCUAAUAGCCGUCACCUACGUGCCCGAUGCGGCUAAGGUUCGGUCCAAGAUGCUAUUCGCCUCUAGCCGAUUGACGCUGGUGCGCGAGCUGGGCUCUGAGCACUUCCGCGAAACCAUAUUCGUGACGAUGCCCGAGGAGCUCAGCGCCGCCGGGUUCGACAGACAUGAUCGACAUAUCGAGCUCGAGGCGCCGCUUACGGAAGAGGAGAGGUCGUUGGGCGAGGUCAGGCGCGCAGAGGCGGAAGCUGGUGCUGGCACGGCUGUUCGUGAGAUUCAUCUCAGCAAGACCAUGAACAUGCCCACCGCUACUGAUGCUCUAGUUUCCCUGAGCGCUCUAGGCCGAGGAGAAGGCAGUGGCUUUGUGAUGCUGAAAAUCAAUCCCGACACCGAAGUCGUGGAGCUGGUCUCCGAUAACUCCACCCCCACUACCAUAUCCGAGCUUGUGAAGAGCAUCUCGACAACGGAGCCGCGUUUCACAUUCUUCCGGUACAAGGCCACCCCACCGCACGGCGGAGAGGAGAAGACCGUGAUCCUCUUUAUCUACACCUGCCCCGCCACGCCGGGCAACAAAGCCAUCAAGUUCCGCAUGAUGUACCCGCUUAUGAAGCGUUCGGUGCUCGAAGUUGCCACCAAGGAAGCCGGGCUCACGAUCGACAAGAAAUUCGAAGUCGAGGAGCCGGACGAGAUCACAGAGCAAUCCGUUACGUCGGAGCUGUUCCCCGAAACCGAGACCAAGACCGCCUUCCGAAGACCCAAGCGACCCGGCAGGUGA